AUGCUGCAGAUAUUGAACAAAUUGGGCAGUUCUAGUGGAAUACUAAGGAAAUGGACAAACCUGUCCCCCGUUUCUGCUUGGUACGGCACGUUUGUGCCUCGUGAAUUUCAAUAUGAAACGUCCGACGGUGAAAACGGCACACUGAUCCACCGGUUCUCCCGGCACGUGUCCCUAACUAAGCGUGAUUUCACCGACAAAACGAAAUAUGGAUUCAAAGUAUCCAAUUUCUAUCCCUUGCCGGAUGUAACAACGUACGGCCAACAGAUAAAGAGCCUCACCACCACAGACCUAGCCAAGUUGAUUACCUUCACCACGGACUUUCGCAGCAAAACGGACUUCCGAUCGUACACGGACGUCGUAAAUGCACUGGACGAGGAAUGCGCUCGGCGUGUGUCGAAUUCAUCGCUAUAUGAAUUGCUCGAAAUGUUACACGGAUUUAUGUACCUGUUGCCGAACAAAAUAGCACAGCUGAGAACGUACCAGGUGGUCAUGUCAAAACUGAUUGAGCUAUUUUCCAAGUCAGAAAACGAAAGGGACUUUCUUUCGAUAGUAUUUUUCCUAGGCAUGUGGAAACGGAACCAAACAGGAACAAUGCUGAUGAAAGAGUUCUUGCACCAAUAUCUGGAUCGGUACCUAAAGCCGGAACUGUCCCCGAUGGAUUUUGCCAUUUUAGCAAACGCAACUUAUAAAACAAGCAUUCGAAUAUCGAAUGAAUCCGAACCUUUCAAGGAAAGGCUAAUAGAAGAAAUCAGCACCUUCGACAAUCAGAAUGAUCCAGCUCUUCUAGUGACGCUACUCAAAUGCGCUCGUAUGAAUAGACUUUCGUCGAACAAGAUUUUGGAAAAAGUUCGCUUAUUCACUCAAUCUAAUGCUAUGCGGCAGGAACUAGAUUUUCGAGGGCUUUCGCACAUGUUUGCUUUCGUAGCCGACAAUCGAGUGAAGGACGAUGCUCUGACUCAGCUGUUGAUCGAGGCCUGCUGGACCAGGUUUGAAAGAGAAAUUCGAAUAAAUGGAUUCGAAACGCAUUCACAAGUCUGCCGACCCAAAGACAUCGCAACGUUUCUUUGGAGCUGUGCCACCCUCGGAGUCCCAUUAGAAAGCGCAACCGGGGUCAAUUGUAAUAUGCUUGAAAAAGCGAUACGGUUGAAGGUGGAAGCGGGAGCAUAUCAAUACACACCGGACGUGCUUGUCGAUACCAUUCUUUCGUUAUGGAUUUGCGAUCGCAAAUCUCUCGGACUGUUUCAACUGUUGUUUAAGGAUCGAGCGUUGGUGAAAAAUUUGAACAAAAAUCGUACAAAAUUAGAGUCUAGGAAAGACCUCUUGCUUUGUUGUGCGGAAAUAGAUCUGCCAGAAGCUUCCGAUAUGAUGAAAUCGCUCAGGAAACCAGGUGAUGCAUUCGUAUUAGAAAGACGGGCUCCGGAAUUUCUCACAAGGCCUGCUUUAAAAACGAUUGUCGAAUGCUUACACAAACUGAAGAAAGCCGACGAAAUUCCAAUUGCAUCGCUAAGCUUUAAUCUCCCUGUAAAGCAUCUGAAUAUUGCUGGCAUACUUGUGAAAAUGGACAACGGGGAUAUGAAAAAUUUGGACGUGCUAGAUGAUAAACAUUGUCUAACCGAUGGGGAUACUCCCGUUGGGCUUAUGAAGCUCAAAACACGAAUACUUAAUGACAAGGCCGUAGACACAGAAUAUAUUAACAUUUCCAAGAUGAACACGACGGAUGAUAUGUUGUUGGAAUUGAAACGAAUAUUAUCGAAACCGGCAAAACAGGAGAUAAAUUUAAGCAUAAGUAGUUAAAUCUAGUUCGCUAAGUCCUGGCCUUAGCGAUUAACUUCUGGGUUGUUUUAAUAACUCAGGCGAACCAAAUUUAAUAAAUAUUGU